AUGUGUGGUAUCUUCGGUUACAUCAACUAUCUCGUCGAGAGAGACCGCAAAUAUAUCCUUGAUACCCUGGUGAACGGUCUCUCGCGUCUUGAAUAUCGUGGUUACGACUCCGCUGGUCUGGCUGUCGAUGGCGACAAGAAGAAUGAAGUCUUGGCCUUCAAGGAGGUUGGCAAGGUUGCCAAAUUGAAGGAGCUCAUCGCCGAAUCUAAGCCAGACCUCACCAAGACCUUCGAUUCCCAUGCGGGAAUUGCUCACACUCGUUGGGCCACCCACGGUACCCCUUCUCGCCUUAACUGCCACCCCCACAGAUCCGACCCCAAGUGGGAGUUUUCCGUCGUUCACAAUGGUAUUAUCACCAACUACAAGGAGCUGAAGGCUCUUCUGGAGACCAAGGGGUUCCGCUUUGAAACUGAGACGGAUACGGAAUGUAUCGCCAAGCUUGCAAAGUACCUCUACGACCAGCACCCCGACAUCGACUUCACAGUUCUGGCAAAGGCCGUGGUGAAGGAGCUUCAGGGUGCAUUCGGUCUUCUGAUGAAGUCCGUGCACUAUCCCCACGAAGUCAUUGCCGCCCGCAAGGGUUCUCCCUUGGUCGUCGGUGUCCGCACCGCGAAGAAGAUGAAGGUUGAUUUCGUCGACGUGGAGUAUUCGGAGGAGGGAGCUCUGCCAGCUGAGCAGGCUUCCCAGAACGUCGCUAUCAAGAAGUCCGCGCCGGGUCUGCUGGCUCCGCCCGACAAGUCGCUGCUUCACCGCUCGCAGUCUCGUGCUUUCCUGUCGGAUGAUGGCGUCCCCCAGCCGGCUGAGUUCUUCCUGUCUUCUGACCCAUCGGCUAUCGUCGAACACACGAAGAAGGUCCUUUACCUUGAGGACGACGAUAUCGCUCACAUUCACGAAGGCCAACUUAACAUCCAUCGUCUGACGAAGGACGACGGCACCUCCAAUGUCCGUGCCAUCCAGACUAUCGAACUCGAGUUGCAAGAAAUCAUGAAGGGCAAGUUUGACCACUUCAUGCAGAAGGAGAUUUUUGAACAGCCGGAGUCUGUGGUGAACACUAUGAGAGGUCGCCUGGACGUCGCUAACAAGAAGGUCACGCUUGGAGGUUUGCGUCAAUACAUCUCUACCAUUCGCCGGUGCAGGAGGAUCAUCUUCAUUGCUUGCGGAACCAGUUAUCAUUCCUGCAUGGCGGUUCGUGGAAUCUUUGAGGAGUUGACGGAGAUCCCGAUUGCAGUUGAGUUGGCUUCCGAUUUCUUGGACAGAGAAGCUCCUGUGUUCCGUGAUGACACCUGCGUUUUUGUGUCUCAGUCUGGUGAGACCGCGGAUUCUCUCAUGGCUCUGCGUUACUGUCUUGAGCGUGGUGCCUUGACGGUGGGUAUUGUCAACGUGGUCGGAUCAUCUAUCUCUCUUCUCACUCACUGCGGUGUUCACAUUAACGCUGGUCCGGAGAUCGGUGUUGCUUCCACCAAGGCGUACACGUCUCAGUUCGUUGCCAUGGUUAUGUUCGCUCUGUCACUGAGCGAGGACCGCGCAUCGAAGCAGCAGAGGAGAGAGGAGAUCAUGGAAGGACUAUCUAAGAUCUCGGAUCAGUUCAAGGAGAUCCUGAAACUUAACGACCCAAUCAAGGCGAUGUGCGCGAAAUUCUUUAAGAACCAGAAGAGCUUGCUGCUUCUGGGACGAGGCAGCCAGUUCUCCACAGCGCUCGAAGGAGCCCUGAAAAUCAAGGAGAUCUCGUAUCUUCACUGCGAGGCCGUCAUGUCUGGAGAGCUCAAGCACGGUGUUCUGGCCUUGGUCGACGAGAACCUGCCGAUCAUCAUGAUCCUCACUCGCGACAAGAUCUUCCCGAAGUCGCUCAAUGCCUACCAGCAAGUGAUUGCCCGCGGUGGACGUCCGAUCGUGAUCUGUAACCCUAAUGACUCGGAGUUCCCUACGUCGCAGACGGAGAAGAUUGAGAUCCCCAAGACUGUUGACUGCCUCCAGGGUCUACUUAACGUCAUCCCUCUGCAGUUGAUUGCGUACUGGCUUGCUGUUGGCGAGGGACUGAACGUUGACUUCCCACGCAACCUCGCCAAGUCUGUGACUGUCGAGUAA